UCUCCAUCGCAAAGUCGCCGACGGCUCUCUCUCUCCGUCUCUCUCUCUCCGUCUCUCUGAGCUAGAAAGCCGCAUCCAUGGAGUCAAGCAGGGUUUGCGGAACUCUUUAUUAGUGAAAUCCGUCCCGUUGAAUCUCUUGAGGAAGUUUUGUCUUUUCCGUUCUUUUCUUCUAUUUUUGUCUACUUCAAAAGAGAUUAUAUUCUUCUCCCUCUUUCGUGUAUUCCGGAUUUGAAUCACCGAUUUUCUAUAACUUUCCGAAAUAGACACACUUGUUUCUACCCGAUCUACGAUCGAUUCCGGAAAUAAAGGAAAGUCAGCUGUUUUGGAACUGAUUUGGGAACCCCAAUCGAGGAACCCUUUCAAACUUCAAACUUUUGAUUAAAAGGCGUGACCUUGCUCGAAAAUGGCGGAUUCAGAUAACGAAUCUGGUGGCCAUAACAACAGCGGCGGAGCUAUCAACAGCGAAUUCUCAUCCCCGAGGGAACAGGACCGCUUACUCCCAAUCGCAAACGUCAGCCGGAUCAUGAAGAAAGCCCUUCCUGCAAACGCCAAGAUCUCCAAGGAAGCCAAAGAGACAGUACAGGAAUGCGUUUCAGAGUUCAUAAGCUUCAUCACCGGCGAGGCUUCCGACAAGUGUCAGCGCGAGAAGCGCAAGACCAUCAAUGGCGAUGACCUUCUCUGGGCCAUGACCACCCUUGGCUUCGAAGACUAUGCUGAACCCCUAAAGCUUUAUUUGCAAAAGUUUAGGGAGUUGGAAGGUGAUAAGGGUGCUUCCUCCACUCAAUCGCAGCAAAAGGAGGAGUUUUCCGCCGGUGGGAUGAUGAUGAUGGGGCAACAUAUGUAUGGGUCAUACCAUCCUCAACAUCAUAAUAUGGUUGGGAAGGGAGGCAUGGCAAGUGGCGGUGGGAAUUCUUCUUCUUCGGCAGGAAUUGGAAGGCAGGGAAGGGUAUGAUCGAUGUAACGUUGUUGUUAUUGCACAAUUUGAUGUUUUUGCUUUGCUGUAGUUUACUUGUUUCUCAGUUUGUGAUUGUAUUUGCUUUCAUCUUGAUGAAUUGAAAUAUGUAUCUUGAUACACUGGAUUGGAGGAGGAAGGAGCCCGACAGUGUAGGAUUGUUUAUAAACUUAAUAAACCUGUUAGCUAAAUCUGAAUUUCAGAUUGGGAGUGACGAGUGUUAUUUAAUCA